CCGCGUUGCGUCGCUGCGGCCUCCGUCCGCCGGUGGGGGCAAGGGCAGGGGGGCCACCGGCCGCAGCCCUACCCGCGCCAAGAAAAGAGAGAGGCGGGAAAACUGCCGCCCGGUGACUGAUUCGCCGCCCAAGUCCAACUCAAUCCCGCGCGCCCUCCUCUUCGUCUUCCUCCCCCUUCGCCUCCCCCGAUUCGGAAACCCUAGCAGCGAGGGUUCCAGAACCUCCUGGAACAGAAGGAUGGCAGCCGCCGCCGCCGACCAAGCGCUGCUCGACCUGCUGCCCCGGAUCCACGCCCUCUUCUCCGACCCGCUUCGCGUGAUUUCGUACAAAUGGCUUAGUCGGAAUUUCUCUGUAUCAUCAAAUGAUGCCAAGAGGUUGCUUCAGGAGUUCGUCAACAAACAUGGAACCGACCUCAAAGUGAUUUAUAGUGUGUCUGGGUGGUUGAAGAACAAUCCCCAAAAUUAUUGUGUAAAACUCACUUCAGGCCCAAAACUUGAAGAAACAAGGCAAGAAUUCAGAGAUUCUUGUUCGGUUCAGGUCUACAGUAUACAGGCUUGUAUUCCAAAAGAUACCGCUGUACUUUGGAAUCCUGAAUUUGUGCAGGCAGAGGAGCUUUUCAACCAGCCAUUUGAUGAAGACAAUUGUUUGAGAGACAAUAGGUUUUGUGCGGUUUUGAAUUCUUUUGUCAAGCGAACUUCCAGUGGGAAGCAUGUGAGUACAUUGCCACCAAAGCCUAUAAAUAGUGCUACUGCAGCCGCACAAUCAAAACCUAGUAUUACUCCAAAGGAGCAGUUUGUUACAGCUCGGCAGCAAGAUAUGCCUGGACCGUCUAGUCCAAAGCAGGUAACAGGCAAUAAGGCUGAGAAGGAUAAUACCGCAGCUUUAGAUAAAGAUGGCAAUGCUUCUGUCGCCAAAGAACCGUCAAUUGCUGUCCAUGCAAGCAAAAACAAAGCUCAGAACGGAAAAGCUCAGACCGGCAAUGGGGGAUCUCUGGCUACCAUGUGGGGCCGUGCAUCAGCAAAACCCAAGCCUCCAACAACCACUAAUUCUAGAGCUGUAGCAAGUGUUGCUGCUACAGCUGAUGCACAGAUAUGUGCAAAGGAAGAAGCAGGUGUUGAUAGCAGUGAUGACGAACAAGGUAUAAAGUACAAGAGGGGUUCUAAUGGAGCAAAUAAUAGAAAGAGAAGAGCAGUAUUUGAUUUUUCAGAUGAUGAGGAAGAGGACAUUAUUGUAAGCAUUGCAUCUCCUGAGCUGCCUGUACAGCUUGCCCCAAAUCCUGUUACUGAAGCUGCUGAAGACACUAAAGCAAAUCAAAAUAACUCGGAAAAUAAACAGGAUAAACCGAACAGUGUGAAAGACUGCUCAGUAGGGAUGGAUUCUGACUUUACUUCUGAAUGUAAAAACGAAAGUGCCAACGCUAUGAACCACUCCGGAAUUACCUUAAAAGAAAAGAGCAGUGAUCCUCCAAUCAAUGAUAAUAAGCAGGAUCAAACUGCUGAGCCUGCUUCAACCUCACCAAAAAGAAGGAAAGUUUUGAAGACACGCAUAGAUGAGCGGGGAAGGGAAGUUACUGAGGUUGUCUGGGAGGGUGAAGCUUCUGCCAGCGAUAAGGCAGAGACGAAUGUGAGCAAUACUGAUGCUGGAAGGAGGGCAACACCUCUUCCAAGCAAGCCACAGCCAGCAGCCAACACUGGCAAAAGCAAAGGUUCGAGUAAAACAGCAGGCAGCAAGAAACCUGCGAAGGCUGGUACCAAUCAAGGGAACAUUAUGUCAUUCUUCAAGAAGAAAUAGGCCUGCACACGCGCCUAUCCGCAUGGACUAGUUCCGCAAACUAUCUGUUGUUGCACUGACAUCAACUACUGAAUUGAGCCCCCCAGACGUCUGAAUUGGCUCUACCUGAAUAUCAUCAGGUCGUAAAAGGACCGCUCCAAUCCAAUUAGGCGUCCGUUGUAUCAUUUUGUCGUAGUACGUAGUAUUGGUUUUUUUUUUCUUUUUGAGAGGAGCAAGUAGUACUGAUUUAGUUAAGCAGAGAGCGCGUUUCGGAAUUCAGAGAUUAUCUUGCUGUUUUUGUUGGUGUAGGUAUAUGAUCUGAGCUCAACUGUUUGCACGAUGUUGGUUCGUCUGGGAAUCAAGGAAAACUCUAGGGUA